AUGGUGUUCCCCAUGGUACUUCUCAAGCUAUCUGACUGGCUCCUGUACCAGCUUUUGGCCAACUCAUGUUACAGAGCACUGAGGAAGAUGAGAAACUACUAUGGUUUCUUUUUAAGAAACCCAUCUCAUAGAUCAUCACACCAGCCUCCUUUGUACCCUAGUGUGACCAAGUGUGGUGGUCUAGAGGGUAGAGGGUCUCAAACUUUGGUUUGUGAUGUUCAUGGUGCCUUGCUAAGGUCCCAAUCUUUCUUCCCUUAUUUCAUGCUUGUUGCCUUUGAAGGUGGUAGUAUUUUCAGAGCCUUCCUCUUGCUUUUCUCAUGCCCUCUAUUGUGGGUUUUGGACUAUGAGCUCAAGCUAAGGGUGAUGAUUUUCAUUACCUUCUGUGGGCUUAGAUUGAAAGACAUGAAGACUGUUUCAAGUGCUGUUUUGCCCAAGUUUUACCUUGAGAAUCUCAACCUCCAAGCCUAUCAAGUGUUGGCUUCAACAGGUUCUAAAGUUGUGUUCACAAGCUUUCCUAGCGUGAUGGUUGAAGGCUUUCUCAAGGAGUAUAUGAGUGUUGAUGAUGUUAUAGGGACUGAGUUGCACACUAUUAAUGGGCACUACUUUAGUGGUUUACUAUCUGCUAAUGGAUUGCUUGUAAAGCACAGAGCUCUUAAGGAGUUCUUUGGAGAGAAAAAGCCUGACAUUGGACUUGGAGGCUCAAGCCUUCAUGAUCACCUCUUUAUCUCACUUUGCAAGGAAGCUUAUGUGGUGAACAAGGAAGAUAGCAAAAGCAAUUGUAAUUCAGUAAUGCCAAGGGAAAGAUAUCCAAAGCCUCUGGUGUUUCAUGAUGGGAGGCUAGCUUUCCUGCCUACACCAUUAGCAACUCUCUGUAUGUUCAUGUGGCUUCCUAUAGGCAUAGUCCUAGGCAUCUUCAGGCUUUGUGUGGGAAUCUACUUGCCUUACAAGAUUGCCAUCUUUUUGGGCACUUUGAGUGGUGUGAACAUUAGGUUCAAAGGGUGCAACCAUUCAAGCUCACAGAAUGGAAAGGGGGUCCUCUUUGUUUGCACCCACAGGACCCUCUUGGACCCUGUCUUCCUAAGCACAUCGCUGGGUAAGCCGUUGACCGCGGUCACAUACAGCCUAAGCAAAAUGUCCGAGGUCAUAUCUCCAAUCAGAACAGUUAGGUUAACAAGAGACAGAAAGCAAGAUGGUGAAACCAUGCAAAAACUGCUCAGUGAAGGUGAUUUGGUGGUUUGUCCAGAAGGAACCACUUGUAGAGAGCCAUAUCUGUUGAGGUUUAGCUCUUUGUUUGCUGAGCUUGCUGAUGAGAUUGUUCCUGUGGCCAUAAACACACAUGUGUCCAUGUUUUAUGGGACUACUGCAAGUGGGUUGAAAUGCUUGGACCCAAUCUUCUUCCUCAUGAACCCUAGACCUGCCUACUAUAUUCACAUCCUUGGGAAGGUGCCCAGAGAGCUAACAUGCGCAGGUGGGAGGUCUAGCUUUGAGGUGGCUAAUCAUCUACAGAGACAACUGGCUGAUGCUUUGGGUUUUGAAUGCACUAGUCUUACAAGGAGGGAUAAGUAUUUGAUGUUAGCAGGAAAUGAAGGGGUGGUCCAGGAUAAGACAAAGAAACGCUAGUUUUUGGUAGUUUUUUUUACCAAUCUUUUGACAUUCCCAUUUUAAUUAAUAUUAUAUUCAUUUUGUAUUGAAAACCAUAUUUCUCGUUUGCUAUAAAUAUUUAUAUGUAUUGUCAUUUUUAUUAGAUACACUUUUGGUUAUCUGCCAUGUUAUUUUUGUUGUUGCUCAAUCGCAUUGCUGGCCGGAUAUAAGAAAUGCUUUAAUUUAUCGGAA